GGUGUUUGGUGCGCACCCAGCGGAUCCCUGCCCCGCCCUGCUGCCGCCGCGCUUCUCUCGGAGCGCUGCCUCCCACCUCAGUGACCUCACUCUGCCACACUCGCCUCUCCUGCUUCCUCCUUCCACCAGUCCACAUUCACACACGCUCUCCCUCCCUCCCCCACCUCCGUUCCACGGCUUGCGUUCCGUUCGCUGGCAGGCUAGCAGAUCUCCGAUGGGGUGCUUCCAGUCCAAGCCGGCGGGGAAGCCGCUGCCGCCCGACGCCGACGCCGCCCUCCCGCCCGACGACCCCGCAGAUCCCGAGGCGGCGAACGGGGCGGACGGGGCGGGCGCGGACGGCGACGACAAGGACGGAGCGAAGCGGGCGGUGCCGGUCUUCAGGGAGUUCGGGCUCGCCGAGCUGCGGGCCGCCACCAAGGGCUUCAGCGCCGACCUCAUCGUCUCCGAGAGCGGCGAGAAGGCGCCCAACGUCGUCUACCGGGGCCGCCUCGACGGCGGCCGCCUCGACGGCGGCCGCCUCAUCGCCGUCAAGCGCUUCUCCCGCCUCUCCUGGCCCGACCCGCAGCAGUUCCUUGCGGAAGCGGCCGGCGUGGGGAAGGUGCGGCACAAGCGCCUCGUCAACCUCAUUGGCUGCUGCGCCGAGGGUGACGAGAGGCUGCUCGUCGCGGAGUACAUGCCCAACGACACAUUGUCCAAGCACCUCUUCCACUGGGAUAAGCAGCCGUUGCCAUGGGAAAUGCGGUUGAGGGUUGCACAUUACAUUGCACAAGCUCUCGAUCAUUGCAAUGCAGAGAACAGGAAAAUCUAUCAUGACUUGAAUGCCUACAGAGUACUUUUUGAUGAGGAAGGUGAUCCUCGCUUGUCAAGUUUUGGACUAAUGAAGAACAGCCGCGACGGAAAAAGUUAUAGCACUAACCUGGCUUACACUCCGCCAGAGUUCCUACGAACGGGCAGAGUCAUCGCUGAGAGUGUGAUAUAUAGCUACGGAACAGUUCUGUUGGAUCUUUUGAGUGGGAAACACAUUCCUCCUAGUCAUGCACUUGAUUUGAUAAGGGGAAAGAACAUACUGCUAUUGAUGGAUUCCUCCUUAGAAGGGCAAUAUGCUAAUGAAGAUGCUUCAAAAUUAGUCGAUCUUGCAUCAAAAUGCUUGCAGUUUGAAGCUAGGGACAGACCCAAUAUAAAGUAUUUAUUGUCCUCUGUUGGGCCUCUUCAGAAGCAAAAGGAGGUGGCAUCGCAUGUGUUGAUGGGCAUUACAAAAACCGCGUCGGUCUUACCAACUAUUCUUUCUCCACUUGGAAAGGCAUGUGCCGGAAUGGACCUUACAGCAGUACAUGAUAUAUUGCUCAAAACAGGUUACAAAGACGAUGAAGGUGCAGAAAAUGAGUUGUCCUUUCAAGAAUGGACUCAGCAAGUGCAAGAGAUGCUGAACACAAAGAAGUUUGGUGAUAUUGCAUUUCGAGACAAGGAUUUCAAGACUGCAAUUGACUACUAUUCAAAGCUAGUUGGAAUGAUGUCAGUACCUUCAGCUACAGUUUUCGCCAGGCGGAGUUUUUCCUACCUGAUGAACGGUCAGUCGGAGCUUGCGCUACGCGACGCAAUGCAGGCCCAGGUCUGCAUGCCCGAAUGGCCUACUGCAUUCUACCUCCAAGCCCUAGCUCUCUCAAAGCUUGGAAUGGAAACCGAUGCACAGGACAUGCUCAACGACGGAGCCACCUUUGAGGCCAAGAAGCAAAACAGCUGGCGUGGUUAGGGACGAAGCCACGGCUUCCUCCAAACUGUUGUUGCCUUUCAACAGAAAAGGGUACAAUGAUGAGUGUUCACUGGGACGUCUGAUGAACUGCUAGGAGUGGGAUUGAAAUGCACUGUUUUAUCGUGCGAAUUCGCGGUCCCUGCCCCCAAAUGUCGAUUAACGACGCUGUCGUGACCUGGAAGAUCUAAAUGGGCAGAAGGCUUAUGAGUUGCACCACAUGGUGGCAAGAUUUCGCUGAUCAUUGCGUGGCGGUGCUCCUGUGGGAGAGAAGAUUGUAAUUAAGGUGACGAUCUCUUAACGGUUUCUCCUUUUCUUUGUUUAUGCUGGAUGGCUGGACGAUUGUGUGGGAACAGAGGGGGUUUGUUCCUUGUGAUUAGCUGGAGAGAAAAUAAACCAGAGCCAUCUGAAUUCCGUUUGAUUCGACCAUGUUUCCUCGUCUGCUGCUUCUCUAUUGAAUGAAUUGGUGGUGAUUUGCAUCAAAAUAAUGUUAGAUCAUUUUUAGCCCUGCGUCCUGUUUUCUGGA